AUGCUCACAUCGGGGCUAACCAACACCCCGCUCACCAAAACCCUCCUAAUCUACACAAUCGCCUCCUCAAUCGCCCUCUCAAUCCUCGACAUCAAACACCUCGCCCAAAUCUAUGUCUCCCCGCACUUCUGGCCAUACGCGCAAUUCUGGCGCGCCCUCGUCUGGCACGUCGCGGGAUUUACAAACUCCACAGAAGCCUUGUUCGCCGCUAUGCUAGUGUAUCAUUUGCGGGUUGUUGAGCGCGCUUGGGGGAAGAGGAAGAUGGUCACAUUCCUGCUCACAACACUACCAUAUACAACACUCCUCCCACCACUCCUCCUAGCUCUGAUUGUCCGCCCACUCUCCCUCAAUACAUUAAACUAUCUCCCCUCCGGUCCGACAGCCAUGAUAUUCGCCCUGUUGGCACAAUACUACGCCAUGAUCCCGCAUACAUUCCGUUUCCGCAUCGGCACCACAUCAUCCCCCUCCUCGUCAUCAUCCACCACCACCACCACCACUCCUGCCACCGCUAAUGACGAUACAACGGCCACAAACCAACCCUCCAGCACAAGCACCCCCAAACCAUCCCCACCAAGUCUAACCCUCCUCCUCUCCGACAAAACAACAACCUACCUCGUCGCCGCCCAACUCGCACUCUCCCAAUUUCCAGCAAUGCUCCUCCCCUCCGCAGUCGGCUGGAUCGUCGGCAUGGCCUGGCGCGCGGAACUGUUGCCAGGUUUAUCACCGGCCAGUCAUGGCUUCCGCGUUCCGGCGUGGAUGGUGGGCGAGAGGGAGCGGAGGAGUGGUCCCGCUAGUUCUGCUGCUGGUGGGGGUGGAGGUGCGAGUGCGGCGGAGAGAGAGCGGUUUGAGGAUUUGAGGAGGAGGUUGGAGGGGGAGGUUGCUGCUUCGGCGUCUGGGAUGGAGAAUGGGGGUGGGCAGAGGAGGAGGGGUGCGGGGAGUGGGAUUAUGGAGAGGUUUAGGGGGGCUUGGUGA